UAUGUAGCUUCACGUGCAUUGCUUCCGUACUGGUUCUGUCUACGAGCUGUUGCGUCAUAUAUCUUCAAAUAUAACCAGUAUAGCUAUGAAUGAUGAGAAGGAUCAAGCUGAUGCAAAUGCUACAAAUUUUGAUCGCCCUCCAGCUGAUUCAGAUCUGGCACCACCUGGACAAAAGGAACACAAGAAGCACAAGAAGAAGAAACACAAGCACGAAGGAAACAAGGGAGUAGACUCAGCCGAAGACAUCUCCUCGCCAGCAAGCCCGGAACUGUCCAUCCCUACUACCCAUCCCCAGGGUCCAACGAGCGCAAUCUCCAAUGGGGCAGCACUUCCUCCCGAAGUAGAGCCCACAAGUGCAGCAGUCCCCACUGCACCUUUUAGUGUUGGUACUUCUCCCGAGGUUCAAUGUCAAAACAUACAAGAACCAGCUGCUGCGGCCCAUAGAGAAAUCGUUGAGCGCAAUACAUCCAAAUGCGAUGCCGCACCAGCCAUUCCAGUGUCCGUUGCAGCACCUUAUGACAAGUUCCCUAGUCGACAUGAUGAGGACCAAAUGGACAUAGGCGCUGUGUUGCUGGUCGCCGCCCUUGUGACUUUCAUUGUGUGGCUGAUCUUUCUGCAACUCCAGGAGCAACACCCCAGCGAGAGGCAUGCCAAAAAUGAGACUGAGACCACGCACGAGUAACGUUAUCCACCUUCUACAAGCACCAAUAUUCUCUCACCAGGCAAUUGAAGAAAGGGCAACCCUUGGAUAAGAACAAUCAGUCAUGACACGACUACUGCCUCCGUGGAAAAUAAUUUACAUUACAAAACCAGUUGUCUGCUAUUCACUAUUUAGAACUCUUAAUGUCGCAUUAGCAGCUGAUUCCUGCUGCUGACUUGUGACUGCUAACUACGUUUUACCGUAUCUCCGAACGGUCGUUCCUUUAAUAUAUUCGCUGCUUAAAGAAAUGUUCAGGGUAGAAGUUGUUAUGGCAUGUUCCCUUCUGUCUGUGAUAUUGUGUUCUUGGGUGCCGCCAUGGAUAAUGAAAUCUGUCAUCUUAAACGUGAGCAAUGAGGUAGGAUAUGAUUUUCUAUUAGCCAGGAGCCCGGAGCGAUGCCGUAUGGCGUGAAAUA